AUGGCAGUAGAAUCUACAUCAAAAACUCCAUCUGGUAUGCGAAUUUAUUUAAAUCAUCCACGGAAUUUAAUUAAAAAAUUAGAAAAAAAAACAGAUUAUUUGAUAUUUAAGGGUUGUCAUCUUGAAUUGAUUGGUCCAACAAUGCCAUUUCUUGCAGCAAAUAUCAAUGUUACAUAUAGUGGUAUGGGUACAGUGCUUGCAUCAAGAAGUGCUGGAUAUUUAGUUGCUAACCUUCUUGGUGCUAUUUUACAAAAUAUUGUCAAAAAACAUUCUGAAGGUCUUCUAUUUAGCGCAUUUAUUUUACCUACUAUUGCGGUUUUUGUUACUCCAUUUGUCACAUCAUUGAUAUUAAUGUGUGUUUUAUUUUUUAUUCAAGGACUUUCGAAAGGUUUUACAGAUUUAGGUGGAAAUAAUCUCUUAUUGAGAAUGUGGGAUAUCAAUGCUGCAGCACCUUUAAAUUUAGUUCAUUUUGGAUAUCCAAUUGGUGCUGUUUUUGUUAAUUUACUUGUUCGUCCGUUUAUUACUCAAAAAGUUUUAUUAACCAAUGUUACAAAUAAUGAAGUAAUAAAUUCAACAUUAUCAUUGAUUAAUGCAACAAAAGUUAAUUCAAACAUUGUUAUUCCAUACUCAAUUACUGCAAUUUUAUGUUUUUUGAUUGCUAUUGGACAUAUCUUUUUUUAUGUUCCACAGUUGAGAAAUCAAAGACAAAAAUUACAAGUACAACAGGUCGACUAUGCUGCUGUAAGCACAAAUCCAGACAAUGUUAAUUCUUCAGUAAAUAAAGAAAGUUCUUCUUCAUAUUCUCCUCGAACAUGUGGUUAUGGAAGUUUUCAAUAUGGUUUAAUUCUUUCAACAAUAUUCAUUAUUUAUACAUUUUUUAUGGGUGGAAAUUAUCAAACAUUUUCAAAAUUUUUUUUUUCUUAUCUCAAAUUUAAUAAAUUUAAUUUAUCAAACGAAGCUGCAAGUUGGGGAAUUACUCUUUAUUGGCUUUCUUAUUCUGUAUGUAUUAUCAUCUUAUUUACACAAUUCAUUUCAAAUAGUUAA